CUCCAUCCCACCAGCCGCAAUGAUGAGUCGCGCACUUACGCACUUGCGCAGCCCGGCCCCGUUCCCGUUCCGGCCCCAGUCGGAUCUCUCCUCGGUGCCGCGGCCGCUAAAAGCUCCCCUUCCCGUCGCCCUGCUCGGGCUCCGACCCCCCACCUCGAGCAGUGAGUUCCACACGGACAAGGCCAGUAGCAGAAAACCCCUCGUAUCACGACGCGCAGGGAGGAACCCAUUGACAUCUUCACUAUUCGCACCGGGCUUGUACCGCCACAACAACAACAACAACAACAACAACAACAGCCACAGGAAAAUGGGAAGCGUGGCCGCGCCGCCGCCCAAGGCCGGCUCGUUUCAGAUCCGCAAGGCCGCCGCGCCAGACACCCGCGCCCUGGCGGCCCUGGGCGCCGAGGUCUUCCGGGACACGUUCGCGCACUCGUGCACCGAGGAGCAGCUGCAGGCGUUCCUGGACGAGGCGUACACGCCCGAGGCGAUCGCGCGGGACAUCGCGGACCCCUCCAAAGACGUGCUGGUCGCCACCGACGCCACCGCCGACAACAAGCUCCUCGGCUUCGCCUACCUCACCCGCGGCAGCUCCGAGCCCUGCGUGGCGCACCUGGAGCGGCCCGUCGAGCUGCAGCGGCUGUACAUCGCGCUGGGCGCGCACGGCCGGGGCCUCGGGAAGGCGCUGUCGCUCGCCGCGGACGGGAUCGCGCGCGACCAGGAGUUCAGGACCAUCUGGCUCGGCGUGUGGGAGGAGAACCACAAGGCGCAGGCGUUCUACCGCAAGAUGGGGUAUGAGCACAUCGGGGAGCAUGUGUUUGAUGUUGGUGGGGACCUGCAGACUGAUGAGAUUUGGUGGAAGGCGCUGUGAGGAG